CGUCCCCGUCAUAAUUCGUUGGGCCGAAGAGGUCGGAAACGCCAGUUCCCAGCCCCCCUUUGUGUUUCACCUUUCGUGCCUCGGUGUGAGCGUUAACAUAUAGAGAGAGAGACGUUUCGCUCAAGUUGGACGCCGUGGCUGCUCUUCCUCCCGCCGUGCUCCCCUCCGCCCCACUCCCCAGAGAAAGAGCUUAGCAAACAAGUCGCGUCCUAUGGAUGGAUGGCUCAUUGAUCCAGGCGGGAUCCGCCCAGAAACAAAACAAGCAAUUUUAAAACGCCUGGAACAGCAACUAUGAGAUUUCAGAGGGAUGACUGAUUUCCUGAAUUUCCUUUGCUUGCCAUACAUUAAAAAUUAGAGGAACAAGUUAUACCUUGCUGCCCUGCUGUUUGAUAUUACAUGCACAUCCUUGGACGCAAGUCUCUCUCUCUCCACAGAGAGGGACUGUAAAAUGCAUGUUAUGAAUUGUGUCUCCUUGGUCAGUGAUAAGGAAAAUGGAGCUAUUUCAGUUGAAACUGGAUUAAUGAUUGGAGAUACAACAGAGCCAGAAGAACAGCUGCCGCCGCCACCUCCACCACCACUUCCACCACCUCCACCAUGUUUGUCUACAGAAGCUGGAUUCUCUUCACCAGCAGGAGUGCCGCCCCCACCUCCCCCUCCCCCUCCAGUGCUGAGCCGGUCUUCAUUGCCCCAUUUAGUCAACGGGCAUGGCCACUCGAGCAAGAAGAAGCGAAUACGUAGUUUCUUCUGGAAAACUAUUCCUGAAGAGCAAGUCCGUGGGAAAAACAAUAUUUGGACUAUUGGUGCUAAACAGAAUUAUCAGAUCGACACAAAGACAAUUGAGGAAUUCUUCGGCCAAAAAGAAGAAACGUCACCUUCCGGUUCCAGAAGCAAAACUUUAAGGAGGUCUUUUAAAGAUAGCAAACAAGAGAUUAAUAUUUUGGAUGCCAAAAGAAGUAUGAACAUUGGGAUAUUUCUCAAACAGUUUAAAAAAUCUUUUCAGUGUAUAAUUGAUGAUCUUCACUCAGGAAGAAGUGAUCUCUAUAGCUGUGAGAUCCUACGUGAACUUCUCAAGCUAUUGCCAGAAACAGAAGAGGUAAAGAAGUUAAAGGAUUUCAAUGGAGACUUAUCAAAACUGUGUCAACCAGAUUCUUUUAUGUACAUGCUAAUCCAGGUGCCAAACUAUUCACUGCGACUCGAAGCCAUGGUGUUAAAAAAAGAGUUCUCGCCAUCUUGUACUUCUCUGCAGAAAGACAUGACAAUUAUAAGAAUGGCUACAAAGGAGCUUAUGUGCUGUGAAGAGUUGCAUUCCAUACUGCACUUGGUCCUUCAAGCUGGCAAUAUUAUGAAUGCAGGAGGCUAUGCUGGCAAUGCAGUUGGCUUUAAAUUGUCAUCAUUACUCAAGCUGGCAGAUACAAAAGCAAACAAGCCUGGAAUGAAUCUGCUUCAUUUUGUUGCUUUGGAAGCCCAAAAGAAAGAUAAAGGCCUUCUAACCUUUCCUGAGAAAUUGAAGCAUGUUCAGGAGGCAGCCAGAAUAUCUCUUGAAAAUAUAGAGGCUGAACUUCAUUCACUCUCAACCAAAACAAAAUCUCUGAAGGACAAUAUUCGACGGGACCUAGAACUCUUUCGACAGAUGGAAGGCUUCCUUCAGUUUGCUGUGAAAGAACUAAAAGACUUAGAACACUGGAAACGGGAUUUGCUGAAGGAAGCACAUGCCCUUAUAGACUUCUUAUGUGAAGAUAAAGAAACAAUGAAACUGGAGGAGUGCUUUCAGAUAUUCAGGGAUUUUUGCCUAAGGUUCACAAAAGCUGUUAAGGAAAACAAGGAAAGAGAGACCCAAGAACUUCAGCAACUACAACGAUUGAAGGAGAUAGAAGAAAAACGUAGAUCAUGGGUCACGGCUGAACUUGGAGCUUUUGGCAGAAGCAGCAGUGAGAGUGAUGUUGGGACACUGACAAAGAGAGGUCUGGAAGAAUUUCUUCCCUUCUUGCAGCAAAGACCCCAAAGCCCUUCCUACAGAAAUGCUAGCACCAGGCGCUCCCGGCAUUCCCUGGGAGUUAGUGCAGACAGAGAACUGUUGAUGUUCUUGGAGACCUCAAAGGGUGAAGAUACAAGCAAGUCCAACAGCCUUCCUCGUGCAGGUCAAGCAAGACCCAGUGUCGCUUGGGUUGAAACUAAAGACUCUGGAGAUCUCAGUUUAAGUAACUCUCACUUAGAGCAGUCAUCUGAAGAAGGUAUAGACUGCAGUUACUUCCAGUUACCUCUGUCUCAGUCAGAGCACACAGAAGCGCUUGAGGAGUUAGCUGGUGCCCGUGUUAACUCCCAUAAUAAUCAAGAGAAUGCUAGCAGUGACAGGUACACAUUUAAUGUGCCCUGUAUGGAAUCAACAGAAGCAGUUCCUUGGGAUGCGUCUCUUGAAAACUCUGAAUUUGUUCCCGGAUCAUGUAAAUUUGACCUCAGUGAAGCAAAUGACAUGGAUGAUCUAUCUGACAUUCAUUUGGGGACUAGUGUGAGAGAUUUGGAAACUGUGGAUGACUCAAGCCUAUACUCUCUUAGUGUUACAAGUCGGCCAAUACCAGCUUUCAGAAAGUCUAAAGAGGCUGCUUAUAAGGGUGAACAUACUGCUAAACUGCCAACUCAUGUUAAUGAUGCUCCAGAGCCCAACAAUGAUAGCUCAGUCUCUUCAGACAAUAGCAUUUCGGGAAUUAAGGCAAAUGGACCACCGUUCUGCGUCUCAGAUACUUCUGACUGUUCUUUGACACUUGACCUGUCAGAAGAAAACAAUCCAAACUUAGAUGGCAAUAAAGUAAACAGGAAGGAUGGUUUCAUAGUCCCUUUUAUGAAUGAUCUGCAAACUGGUGGGAAUGCUAUCAUAAGCUCAUGCCCUAAUGAUAAAGAUGACUCUGGCAGUAAGGCUGGUAUUCCAAAGGAAAAAUCAGCAAGAAGCAAAGAUGGGUUAGGACCAAAGAGAAAUUCUCUGAAAGAGAAAUCUUCAAGUUCCACUAAACCCACCACUGGUCCUUCGAAUCACUCUAGACCAGUCAGAACUCUAAAUACAUCAGAAAAUGCAAGCAUGAGAAAAGUAGUACCCAUUUCCAGGUCAACUAAAGCAGUACCCCCUACUUGUACAAAAAAGCCAGAAGCUAAACCAGCAGCUCGGGACACCAACGUUGCUGAAACACGGUUGUCGCGGCGUAACUCCAUUCGGGGCAGCGCUGAUACAAUGCCAAAACCUCAGUAUAGGCAAAGCAUAUCUGUAGAGGAGCCAAAGUUCCAGCGGGGAACUGCAACCUCAAGCAGUGGCCAUUUUGAGAAGGAGCCACUUCAGCACAAAGGAUCCUUCAAAAAGCCAAGCUCUAAACCAGUCAGAUAUGUGCCCAAGUCAAAAAAUGAUGAAACAAAAAUGUGCCGCUCCUUGCCCAAACCACAAUCCCCUACAGAGGCUACCAAAAGCACAACUGUUGCUGUUCCCAAGACACCAGCUCCUGUUCCAAGCUUUGCAAGGAACACAGUGGCCUCUUCCUCCAAAUGUGCAAAGGGUGUGGAUUUAGCACCCGCUUCCAAAGCUCCAACCCUUACAAGAUCUCUGUCUCAAAGGCUGCCUAGGAUGAGAAUGACAGCAGCCUCUGAUGAUUCUAAUCCAAAGGAAAAUGGUGGGAGCACACUGAAAAGAGCAAACAGUGCGAGAAUGGUCAAAAGGGACUCUGACAACAAUGAGCUUCAAAGUGUUAAACUAGCAGAACCCAUGCUAAGGGAACAAAUUGGUAUGGAAAGACCAGCCUCCUUGAAAUGUAAAGAUGGAAACCAAACAACCAUAGGAAAGCUACUGAAUCACUUUUGAAAAGAAAGGGGGUUGUAUUGGCUGACAAUGUGCAAUGUGAAAGCUAGCUCUUUUGAAACUGAAUAUUUCUGUUGUGAAAUAUCUCCUAAAGUAAUGUUGCAUUCAUAGUAACAAAUGCAAAUUAAGGUACGUUAUGUGGAUCCUUCUGUAUGCCUGAACUGAAUGUAUUCAAACUACUGUGAUGUAACAAAGUUAACUUGCUUUGAGAGAGAGAGUACCCUUACAUGAAUUUUACAUGCUAUGGUGGUAUUUCCCAACCUGGCGUGCCUCCACUCUAAGAUGUGUUGAACAACAUCCUGAUCAUCCCCAUGAAGCAUGGAGGAUUUGUUGGUAUGGGAGCUGUAGUCCAACGCACACCUGGAAUGCACCAGGUCAGGAAAUGUUGUGCUAACACAAAGCUUUUGUCCCGUGAAAGGAAAAGAAAACAGAACUAGGGGAUUAUGGCCAGUUGUUGUAUAACCACUCUGUUCUGAAAAUGCAAAACGAGUUCCUUUUGGAAGAAGCGUGGGAAAUAGGUGCCAAUCUUCUUGAGUAGCUUUGGGGUCAAAGAAUAAAUUGUGUCUGUUGCAAAGUCCAUUGCUGGCAAUUGGAUACCCAGGACCACUGGCCUACAAAGUGGUAAAGUAGGACACGACUGUUCUGUGGUUGGGUUGUUCUCUCCUCUGAAGAAUUUACAGCAUGUUUUUAAGUUGUAUGUUUAUCUGUCGGAAAGAGGGGAAACUCUGCUGGGCAGAAUGUUUAUUCUCCAUGAGUGUGGUAGAACUGCCUUGCAUGUACAAGUAGUAUAGUCCAUGGAAUGACUGGUGCUGGAAUUAGUAGGGUUAACUGAAGGCUGUGUCUUUGAGAAACCACAGGUAGUAGUUAGGGAGUAUGACUACAGGUAGCUUAGCUUGCUGAGCAGUCACCUGCAAUCCUGCCAGCUUUUGGUAUACAAAAGUGCCAUAUUUAUGAUACAUAUCACAGAUGCUGCAGCUUGAAACCUGGAAGGGCUGCAACCUCUUGCAGAGCACUUUUCCUGCCAAUUUUUGUUUCCACUGGUUUUUAACUACUGUCAAGUGACUCAAAAUGCUGCUAUGGCUCUAAUUAGAUAGAGCCUUUGGUUUUCCCGCUGCCUCUUUUCUUUAUCAAAAUGACCAGUUGGCAUGAAACAUGCAGGUUCCUUUUUAUGCAUUGCAAAAGGCUUAAAAAAUAAGCUUGAUUUGCUUCAGAUACAGAUUUUUAACACUACUUUUUAAACUUUUUGAUAAGCUUCUUUUUAAAAAAAAUAGUUCACUGCAGAAAGGUCAGUUUAAGAUAUAGUGUUCUGAGAGGGGAACUUGUUGCUACGUGUUCUGCUUUCUCCUUGGUCCCUUUCCAGGUAAAUACAUGUAGGUGGGGAAACUGGCUGUUGCUGUUUAGCCUCUUUUUCUUAAAUAGCAGCCAUCUUGUUCAUUUAUGAAAACCCUUUUUGAAUUGUCUUGCAAUGGAAAUAUUUAGAGAAUUUAUGUUCAGUUGGUUGACACCUUAUCUUCAGCACUCCUGCUUUUUUUUCCUUCCCUUCACUUAAUAUAGGUGUGUCAGCAACAGCACACUGCUUGCUGUUGAUAUGAUAUGACACAGAUAUGACAACUGACACUGAAAAUUGACUCAAACAGCUCAUGGCCUUAACUUUUUCCUUUGUGGAAACAGUUUUCAGAAACUUCCCUAGAAAGUAUGUCCACAUGACAUGAAUUGGGCCCUCCACACAGUUUGUUACACAGUGUGAUGAUUGGUUUAAUCCCCUCUUGUAGUAAAGGCCUUGGGAUAGAAUCCUUGGUUUUGGUUUUAUAAGCUUUUUGGGUUAUCCAACCUCUAUAGUGGUGGUUCACAACCUUGGCUCUCCAGAUGUUCUUGGAACUAAAACUGACAGUAGCUGUGCUGGCCAGGAUUUCUGGGAGUUGUAGUCUAAGAGCAUCUGAGGACCCAAGGUUGCCAACCACUGCUUUAUAGGUUAAAUGCUGUCUAUUUGGCCCUACUGUUGUGUUCUCAUCUGCAAGAGCAGGUGGCAGAUUUUUAUUACCUUUUGAUGGUAGUAAGCUUGAAAAGAAAAAAAAUAAUUUAAAUGUAACAUGUUUGGAAAGUGUAAGUAAAUUUCUAUACUGUAUAAGUAUGUGUAAAAAUGAACUGGUUGUAUUUAAUGGAUCAUUUAUACCUUUCUGAGUUUAUCUUGCUAGUUUAAUAAAGUUCCCUUUUAUGGGGUUUGUGCUAAAUGUU